GAGCUAUAUGUUAAAGGCAACAAUCUGAGUUUGCCCACUACAAAAACUUUUGAAACAAUAGGACAAAGUCAUCAAGUAACUAUUUUAGUUGAGGCACGUAGUUAUGGUACUUCGAAAACUGAAAUUGCGUAUAAAGUAAAUGGAAUUAAUCAAUGA